AUGAAGCUAUUCUCCAUCUUAUCCUUCAUUAUCCUCGUGAAAAAACUAUGUUUCCGCCGCGAAUACGGUUCCCUUUCCAAGGCCGAGAGAUUAGACUACAUCAAAGCUGUCAAGUAUCUUCAGAGCUUACCAUCACGCUCUCCAGCGAGUGUGGUGCCUGGUGCGAGGUCUCGGUAUGACGGCUUCGUUGCGGCGCACAUCCAGCAUGCACUAACUAUUCACCUCACUGGCAAUUUUUUGACAUGGCAUCGCUGGCCUAUACAUGAAUAUGAGCGUGCAUUACGCGAAGAAUGUGACUGCAAGGACUACCGCCCUCCUACAUUCGCCAAUAUGACCUUCAAUCUCGGUCCAGGUGGCAGCGUGGCAUACAAUCCACGGAGGUUUACGCGGGAUAUUGGCCUAACUCAUACCACUCGUUUCGCUAACUAUACUAGUAUUUUAGAAGGUGUGCCCUCCAGCACCGAGGCCGUUGGCCCUCACAUCGCAGCACACACUACUAUUGGCGGCGAUCCUGGGGCUGAUGUUUUUGCCUCCCCUGGUGACCCAGCAUUCUAUGUCCACCACGAAAUGGUAGACCGCGUAUGGACUCUGCGGUCAAAAAAGCUUGGUGGAGAUGAGUAUGGCAAUAUCACCUGGCCAAACACGCCUCAUUCGAGGGAGACGAUGUUGAGUGACAUUCUAGACUUGGGGUAUGCUAGUGAGCCGAUACAGAUCGCGGAUGUUAUGGGCACAUUGUUUGGGCCUUUUUACUACUUUCGCCUGUAGUCGAUCGCUAGAAGUCGACGU